AUGGCGAUGAUGAUGACUGGCCGUGUGCUGCUGGUGUGUGCCCUCUGCGUGUUUUGGUGCGGUGCCGGCGGUAGAUGUGCCGAAGAGAAGGCAGAUGAAGUUCUUGUCGCUGAACCCGGUCCUUCUUUGAGUGGUGGUGGUGACAGUCCAACGAAACAAUCAAAAAAUUCAUCUCCAGUACCAGGCCCCUUAGUUUUACCACCAAAACAACAAAAAGAUGACAAAUCUGAACACCUACAUGCAAAAGAAUCCUUGGAAUCUGAAGAAGAAGUCCCGUUGAAAACCCAAGAGGGAGAAAACAAGACGCAGGUGCCACAAGAUGGUGUACAGAACGGAAAUCAAUCAAUACCACAAGAACAAUCACCACAUCAGGCUCUACCGCCACAUCAACCACCAUCUGUUGGAAGUGAUGCUGUUUCUCCUGGUGGUUCUUCUGUUGGUUCUUCUUCCUCUGGAGUUAUUUCUUCGCCUCACGGUGGUGGUGACAAGGGGACCACAGACAUUAUUCUAUCCAAUGCUCCGAGUUCAUCUCCAAAAGGAGUUUUGCCAGCAGAAGAAGCAGAGACUGAGCACCACUCGUUGCCUAAUGAAAAUGCAGCAGAACGCGGCAACGUUGGCAGGGCCGCUGCACAGGGGAACGAGGAUCCAUUCCCUCUGGAAGAGCGAAGGACGCAAGACGGGAAAUCAGAGGCUCACCAAACAGAAGAGUCAUCGAAGGAUCUGAAUAAACAACCACAAGGGAAUGGAAAGAUCCAAAAUGGAUCACCAAACGCAGAUACGCCACAGCUCCAGACUCCACAUGGAAGAAAAACACCAGAAACAAAGGGGAAUAACAGCCAUAACACCGAUAUAUCUACGAAUUUGCCCGAUGCCCAAGAACCAAAAUACGUGAAAGAAAGCAAUAACGAAAAUCCGGCAUCCACCCCAGUUAAAACGCAGGGGACAUCCACUGGCAUUCAAGAAGAAGCACCGGCCUCGCAUCCAAAUGGAAUUCCUUCACUUCAACAGGAAAACUUCACUGGAAUGAAGACAACUGAAAAUGUUCAACCUCCAGAAGUUGCAGCAACAAAUAAACUCCAAACUGGCGAUAAGUCAAAGGAUGUCAACAGUGACGGCAGCACCGGGGUCUCCCGCACCACCUCCCCUCUUUUGCUUCUUCUUGUUGUGUGUGCUGCUGCGGCUGCUGCGGCUGCUGCGGUGGUGGCCGCGUGA